AAUUAUUCUCCUGCUAGAUAGCUAGCUGUUAUCCUCAUAAUUUAAGAAUUUGGUAGCUAUGGAAAACUCAAGCUCAGGCCUGAAAAAGGGUCCAUGGACCCCUGAAGAAGAUCAAAAACUCAUUCACUACAUCCAGAUCCAUGGUCGUCCUUCCAAUUGGCUAGCUUUCCCUAAGUAUGCUGGUCUUCAAAGAUGCGGAAAGAGUUGCAGACUCCGAUGGAUGAACUACUUAAGACCCGGAAUCAAGAGAGGAAGCUUUUCAUUAGAGGAAGAAGAUGCUAUUAUCCAGUUACAUAGAGCCUUGGGGAACAAGUGGUCUACCAUUGCAGCUCGUCUACCGGGGAGAACAGAUAACGAAAUAAAGAAUUUUUGGAAUACCCAUAUUAAGAAAAAGCUUAUAAGCAUGGGUUUAGACCCGGUUACUCAUACUCCUCGACUCGAUCUUAUGGACUUCACCUCACUCGUUGGCUCAGGUCAGCUUAGUCUUACAAGUUGGCUUGGACUUCAAGCCCUAAUAAACCACCCCGAAUUGCUACAAAUGGCUGCAGCCACUCUCUUGUCAACCGAACCAGUACUACUACCAAGAUCUAAUGAAGAUAUUCAAAACAUUCAAUUAGACAACAUGAUUGCACCUUCAAAUACACAAGUAGCACCCUUGAUCACGACCGAUCAUGAUCCUAAUUACACGACUACUAAUGAUUAUGUGAAUGAUCGGUGUUGGAAGGAUAUUAUUAAAGAUAAUGAAUUGAAAUUACUUUCUUCUGUUGACCAAAGAAGCAAUAAUAAUGUUUGCAUGAAUGAAUCAUCUGAUUAUGGUUGUAGCACUAGCUAUAAUAAUCCAGUAAGGACAGAUACAUCUGAUAAUUUGUUCUUUGGAUCGUUGAUCAACUCAUCAUGUGAUCAUGUUGAACAUGCCAUCAACCAUGAUGAUCAUUAUUUUACCAACAUGUUGCAGUUUGAUAAUAUUCCACAAAACCAGCAGCAGGACUUUGAUGAUGAUUUCAUGAUGUGA